AUGCACCUCUACAAAAUUCCGCCGCAGGGUCAAGGCUUUUGUGGAUCUGUAUGGGCAGCCGAAGGAGGUACCAUGGCGAUGAAACGAGAGGAUGGUGGUCCAGGCCGGUCUCUUCGCAAUGACUAUAACAUGCACAAACUCGUUCUUGAAACAGCUUCGCACUAUACAGUAUUCAAUGUAUGCGUGCCACGUUGGCCGAAUUUUGUGAAAACCGACGAGAGAUGGUGGGACAUGAAUCUCGCCAGAUUUCCGGUCGACUAUACUCCUUGCAAUGUACUCUGCGCGGAACGCAUACCACCACUAUCACAGGAGGUGAGGUAUCGUCUGAUUGACCGAUACUGUCCGCCCGCAUCGGCUGCGACCAUCAAGGCAAACGAUGCUGACCGAGAUUGUCUAGUUCGUCCCUACCUUGGCCGACGAAAGAUUCAAAGCGAAGCCAGACGAGGACGAAAUUUCUUCUCCUUGCGCAACUAUCCCCUGCAUCUUAACCAGGCAGAGGACCUCGGGCUUCCCAUUGUGGAGUAUGCUCAUGCGAUGGCCGAGAUGCUUGCCGUGCUGCACCGGAUUGCCAAAAUCGACGCCAAUGAUAUCGAUCACGAUUUCAUGGGAACUCAUUCUCUAUGGGUCCUGGACUUUGAUUGCUGCAAGCCACUGACUAUGGACGAUGCCGGCAUUGACCAGGCCGCUUCUGCAUUAUUGAGGAACGACCCGUACUAUCCCCGCCCUAGUUCCAGCGCAUCAACCUCGUCUCCAGACGGCACCCUAUGGGCUGAGUUCCAAACCACAUACCUCGAGUACAGUAAGAAUAUCAUCACCGGGCAAGACGUGGCUUAUCUCAACUUACCCGAAAGAUUCAUUGCACGAGUUUCCGAUAUGCACGAACAUGGCGAAGGGCGAAAGCUACCAGGGUCUGAAUCUUAA